UCAAUCCCCACUCCUAAAGUUCCUUUUUCUUAUAUAAUUUUAAGUGGGCCUAUUUUGAUACUGCACCAUAUUUUGUCCUUUGAUGAAAAAAGUACUACUGGUACCACUUAAACAACAACAACUUCCCUCUUCAUCAAGAUGUAUGCUAAUACAGGGCGAUGUUCAUAAUGCAGAUGUAGUCCAUUGGUUUUGGUUAGUUCUUGAUAUUGAUCACUAAAUUCUGUAAAUUUGGUCUCUUCAUAAGAUGGAAACAUCAAAAUUUGACAUUGAAGUACAAGUCUCAUCUGGAAUUGAUUCUGAUAUCACAAGUCAGGUCGCGUCUAACAUUGAGUUUUCUCAAUUAAGUUCAGAACAUCUGUCACUUGACUUGUCUCUCAGCUUUAAAUCUAGUAUCGACGAAUUUGCCAGCCAAGAUUCGAUAGGAUUUUCAGUAUCCAGCACGUGUGAAAGCAGCAAUGAACCUGCAACACAAAAUUCAGGAGGAGAAACAGCAGUUAGACGAGUUUUCACUUGCAAUUUCUGUAAGCGGAAAUUCUACAGUUCACAGGCUCUUGGCGGUCAUCAGAAUGCACAUAAACGAGAAAGAACGUUAGCUAAACGAGCUAUGAGAAUGGGAAUCUUUUCGGAUCAAAGGUAUGCUAAUUUGGCUGCUCUGUCAUUGCACGGGGUGCCUAGUGCGCGGUCCUUAGGAAUCAAAGCGCAUUCUUCAGUGCACCCCCACGGAUUUCCACCAACAAUGAGUUCACUUGAUUUCAGAACAAGCGCGAGAUUUGAAUAUGGACAGCAACAGACUCCUCCAUUAUACGUGGAGGAUAUCGACGAGGCUGAUCAGUUAUUAUGGCCUGGUAGUUUUCGCCAAGUAACUAACUUUGAUGUCUCUCAUCAUCCUACUUUUGCUUUUGCUGGAUGUUCAAAUAUGACAUCUCUAGAAUGGACUCCCUCAGUCGAAAAAGAUGAAUUGACACCAGAUCUGACAUUAAGGCUUUGAUCACAUUUGAAUAGCAGAUUGCUUUUUCCUCUGUACCAAUGUGUGCAUUUUGGAAUAUAACUUAACGACGAUAUGAGGUCUUCUCACUAUAUUUGGAUUCAAGAUCUUUGUUUUGCUCCACUAGUAGCUCAGGUCUAGUGAAUUGAGAAUGUUGAUUAGGUGAUGGCUGUACAAUCUGAAUGUAUUUUAUUACAAAUUGUAACAAUUUUCCUUUUACAAAUGCUGCUUUAAGUAGGGUGUGAUUGUAAUUGACUUUAAGAUAAGGAACAAAUCCCUUGGUGUGAAGUGCCUCCUCUACUGAGGAGUAUAAUCUGUUGUUUUUGGUUGUCA